GUGAGGGCGCCGCGGAGGAGCCGAGGGGCGAGGGGACAGGAGCACCUGCUACCGCCGCAGUGAAAGAGGAAGCGGACGGCGACCCUGGGUCCGGGCGCGCAGGUCAGCCGGAGCCGAGCGCGGGCAGUGCCCUGGGGGCUGAGGCGUGCGACGUCAGGGGAGCUCAGUGCGAGGAGGCGGCGGAGGAGGGCGCCCUGGAGGACGCCGAGGUCCCCGGGGCAGGGGAGGAGGAGCGCAGCGCAGCGCAGGUGGAGGAGCCGAGCCUCGGGCCCCCAAUGCAGGGCGAGGUCCCAGAGGAGCCUCGAGAGGAUCCCGGGGACCCGGCGGGCGUGGAGGUGCGAGGGGAGGAGGAGCACAGACCCGACGCGGAGGGAGGCAGCGCCAGGGCGGCAGGAGACAGGACAGGCUCCGAGGGGUCCGCGGACGCCAGCAUGGACACCGAGGGGCUCGUGGGAGAUAGGAUGGACGUGGAUGGGCAAGCGGGAGGGGCGCACGGCCGGGAGGGUGAGCCCCAGAAAGGGGGAGACCAGAACCUCCAGCCCCAGGCCGAGGCGACUGGGGUCGCAGCAGCGGAGAGAGAGGGGCGCAGCGGGGAGCAGCCGGAGCAGGGCGCAGUGGAGGGCGCAGCGGAGGAGGCAGGAGCUGGGAGUACAGAGGGGUCAGAGGAAGGGGCCCCUGGGGCCGCGAGGGUAGACACUGGCAAGGACGGGGACCAGGACGGGUUCCGGGAAGAGAUGGAGGAGGAAGAGGAGAAGCAAGAGCGGGUCCUAGAGGGGCAGAACGAGGCGGCCUCAGCCGGGGGCGUGGAGGAGCUCCCCGAGGACAGUGUCGCUGGGGAUGCGGCCGAGUCCAGGGAGGCGGCGGAGCCGGAGGCGGAACUCAGCAACCACCUGGCGGAGGAAGGCGGCAGGGAGUCGGUGCGAAUGAACGGCCGGGAGGACGGCGAGGCGUCCGAGGAGAGGGCUCUGGGGCAGGAGCACGACAUCACCCUCUUCGUCAAGGCUGGUUAUGAUGGCGAGAGUAUCGGAAAUUGCCCAUUUUCUCAACGUCUCUUUAUGAUACUCUGGCUAAAGGGCGUUAUAUUUAAUGUGACGACAGUGGACCUAAAAAGGAAACCAGCAGACCUGCAAGACCUGGCUCCCGGAACAAACCCACCUUUUAUGACUUUUGAUGGUGAGGUCAAGACGGAUGUGAAUAAGAUUGAGGAGUUCUUAGAGGAGAAAUUAGCUCCCCCAAGGUACCCUAAGCUGGGGACCCAACACCCUGAAUCCAACUCUGCCGGAAAUGAUGUCUUUGCCAAAUUCUCAGCAUUUAUUAAAAACACCAAGAAGGAUGCAAAUGAGAUUUAUGAAAAGAACCUGUUAAGGGCCCUGAAGAAACUGGACAAUUACUUAAAUAGUCCUCUGCCUGAUGAAAUAGAUGCCUACAGCACCGAGGAUGUCACUGUUUCUGGAAGGAAGUUCCUGGAUGGGGAUGAGCUCACCUUGGCUGACUGUAACCUCUUACCCAAGCUCCAUAUUAUUAAGAUUGUGGCCAAGAAAUACAGAGAUUUUGAAUUUCCUUCUGAAAUGACUGGCGUCUGGAGAUACUUGAAUAACGCUUAUGCUAGGGAUGAGUUCACGAAUACAUGUCCAGCUGACCAGGAGAUUGAACAUGCAUAUUCAGAUGUUGCGAAAAGGAUGAAGUGAACCUAGGUGUUUCGUAUCUUAUUUCUCAGUUGAGUCAGCUAGGCUACAAAAAGUGUUCUAUACAUUUCCUUCCAGUAACCAUCUUUUGUAAAAGAAUGCCCAUAAUGUGAUCCACUUGAUGCCAAAUGAUGCAUGGCCUUAUAGUUUGUCAACUGGCUGGUGUAUUGAGUAUUCCAGUAUCUGUUGUUAUACACACCAAUUACCCAGCUUGUGUUAACUUUGACAUUCACUGACAUCAUGAUACAUGGUAUUUAGGGCAUGUGUUGUGCAAUUUAAAUUUCAAAGCAAGUUAGGUUUGUGUUCAAUUCCUUGGAAAAUAUUGAUCUGUCUGAUAGUUUUCAUAAUCAUACAGUGUCUUUUUCUCCUCUAAAUUAAUAGUAUUUUUCACAAUGAGAAUACUUUUUAUAAUUAUAAAAUGAUGUAUGCUUUUUCAUUAUUGUAAAGCAAUAUCAGAGAGUAUAAAGCAGAACACUUCAAAUUUUGCUACACUUAGAUAAUUAGUGAUAGCUUAUAAGUGAACAUCCUUACACAUGCAUUCACGCUUCACAUAGUUUUAUUUGAAUAUGGUAUUGUGUUACUUUAUUUUAAAGGACUAGUGUGGGGACCACUUGAUAAUGCCUCAGUCGUAUGUACGGGGACUAAAACAAAAAGAUUCAUCACUACAGAGCUAGAGAGGAGGCUUGUGACUGGAUUUUCAAAAGGUGGAUAUUAUAGAGUCCUCAGAUCUUUAGAGACCAGCAGGAACUAGAAGUGUGAACAAUCUCUACUUUGACCUGUGAGGACUCCCAGAAUGCUGCUGCCUCUGAUUCCAGAAAAGGCAAUGGGGGAGGAGAGUACUUAUCUGUGUCUUUGGUUCCAGCUCCCUUUCUGUUACAUUCUUUUGCCCCCUCCCCUCUCUCGGAGACUGCCUUCAGGAGCAUUCCCAAUGGCUGUAUCUUGGACAGUGUCUAGCCCUGUGUUGACAUGUGAACCAAACAUACCUUGAUUCCUUGUGAUGGCUGCUCUCAGACCUGACAGUGAACUUCAGUGGUGAUGACAGUGUGCCGCUAGCCAGGUUGUUGUUGGUCCUGUCCCCUCUAUAGUCUCACGUAGAGAUGAGGAAGGGAAAAUCCAAGGAGAUUAACUUUAUAGUGACCGCUCUUGGGCAAUUCUGGUAAAUGGUCAAGUUAGGGAGGAAGUGGAAACUAUUGACUCAAAGAGUUUCUGGUUUAUCUGUGGUUUUUCCACCACCAUCCUUGUAACCAGCCGCUUAGCACAGUUUUGUGUGUGGGCUGAGAUGCUAGGCUCCAACCCGAAGCCUGGAAGAGAAAAUGUGAGGCUGGUUAGAUAUUCAUCAGGACCUCACAGAAUCUAAGUGUUAUCUCUUGCUCUGUGUUUCUUAACAUUCACACAUUUUGCAGAAAACUCUUUUAGAGUUUGGUAUUGGCAUGUGGUUGAUGCCUAAAUUUCCAUUUUUCAAGUAUACAUCUGCUCUUUGGGCAAUUCAUAUAAAAAGGUAAAAUGCAUUAGCAAUGACUACCCUGGGAUUUGGUAAAAAAAAUUGGAAAAGGAAGCAAAAUCUUUUAUCUAGUGGCAACUUAUUCUCCUCACUUACCAGAUUCCUCAGUUUUACCCCAGCACUUUGCUUUCUUUAUCAUCCAUACAUUUUUGUGUUGUGUUUAGCAUGUGCUACCAUUGGUCCAUGUUAUUUCAUAUCUAUUUAGGAGUCAGAUUUUUAAAUCUAGUUUUAUAAUGUUGCAUUUAAACUUGGUAAAUGAGUAGACUACCAGAUGUUACUACUGCUCACUUUGUAUUUUUAGAUGUUAAAAUGAUCUAUAUAAACUCUGUGCCUUAAAAAUUAAACUACAA